AUGCCCAAGGCGACGACCCCUACAGCGAGCCGCGGCUCCCGCCGUCACAACCCCCUCGAGGACGAUAUUCUUGCCACGGGCAUUCUACGUAACAAGCCUAGCAAGAAGGGAUCCAAGAAUGACGACGAUGACGAGGGCCACGAGGGAUUUGUCGACUCGAAGGCGUCUAAGAAUAUUCUCCGCAUCGGCCGUGAGCUAGCCGAAGAAGAGAAUGCUGAGCGCGCCGGCGCUGUCGCCCCUCCCACAGUUGACAAUUUUGGUUACGACUCUCGCUUUGGUGACUUUGACGACGAGGCCAAGGUGUAUGGCGAUGACGAUGAAGCUUGGGGCGACGAGGAGGAAGAGGUAGAGGAAAUUGAGGUGGACCCUAAUGACUUGGACACAUACCGGAAAUUCAUGCCGGACGAGGAGGACGACCUACUCAAGCACGGUUGGGACCGUCAGCCCACUGGCGACGAACAGAUCGAAGAACCCACCAACCUGGCCGACCUCAUCCUCCAAAAAAUUGCGCAGCACGAAGCUCAGCAGGAGCGUGGCGACGUUGCCCCUCCACCGGAUGAUUAUGAGAUCCCCCCCAAGGUUGUCGAAGUCUACACCAAGAUCGGUGAAAUUCUCUCCCGCUACAAGUCCGGUCCCCUGCCCAAGCCUUUCAAGAUUCUGCCCACGAUCCCCCAUUGGGAAGACAUUAUCGACAUUACCAAGCCCGAGAAAUGGACGGCGAAUGCCACGUACCAAGCGACUCGCAUUUUCGUCUCCGCCAAGCCCCACGUCGUCCAGAGAUUCCUCGAAAUGGUCGUCCUCGAAAAGGUCCGCGAAGAUAUUUAUGAGAACAAGAAGCUCAACGUCCACCUUUUCAACUCUCUCAAGAAGGGUCUCUACAAGCCCUCGGCCUUCUUCAAGGGCUUCCUCUUCCCGCUCGUGGGCAGCGGAACCUGCACCAUCCGCGAGGCGCACAUCAUCUCAGCCGUCCUCGCCAGGGUCUCCAUCCCAGUUCUCCACUCCGCCGCGGCCAUCAAGGGACUCUGCGACAUUGCCGCCCAGGAAGCCUCCCAGAACAGCGAGGGCGGCGGCGCCACCAACCUGUUCCUCAAGACGCUCCUCGAGAAGAAGUACGCGCUGCCCUACCAGGCCAUCGACGCCCUCGUCUUCCACUUCCUCCGCUUCCGUAGCGUUGACCCGGCGUCGGUACAAGAGGACGAGGCCAUGGCUGGCGUGUCCGGCGACGUGCGGACCAAGCUGCCCGUCAUCUGGCACCAGGGACUUCUCGUGUUUGCCCAGCGAUACAAAGGUGACAUCACUGAAGACCAGCGCGAAGCCCUUCUGGAUCUUCUCCUGACACACGGACACUCCGCCAUUGGUCCUGAGGUCAGACGAGAACUUCUAGCCGGAAGAGGUCGCGGCGUGCCGUUAGAGCCUCAGGGCGAUGCUCUGGAUGGUGACGACACCAUGCUGAUUGAUUAG